CUGAAACGAUGCAUGCCGGGAAGUGGAGUUUACGCCACUGAACGGCCUGAAGAAUUUCGUCUCGCUAGCCCAGCUCCAUGCCACUACUCAGUCCUGAGUCAUCCGAGACGAAACCAGAAGUUAAGACUCAGUCAGUGCUUCCUUUUUAUUCCUAACCGGCUCCUUCCGCGGCAGGGUAAACCUCCGAUCGACUUCCGUUUCCGGAGGUCUGGUUGCCUAGGAAACCAGCAAGCAUCGCAAUCCAAGCUGUUAUGGCGGCGCUGAGCAGCACGCAGAUCCCCGACGGGGAGUUCACCGCCAUCGUGUACCGGCUCAUCCGCGACUCCCGCUACGCCGAGGCGGUGCAGCUGCUGGGCGCAGAGCUGCAGCGGAGCCCCAGGAGCCGCGCUGGCCUGUCGCUGCUGGGCUACUGCUACUACCGCCUGCAGGAGUUCGCGCUGGCCGCUGAGUGCUAUGAGCAGCUGGGCCAGCUGCACCCAGAACUCGAGCAGUACCGCCUGUAUCAGGCCCAGGCYCUGUACAAGGCCGGCCUUUAUCCAGAGGCCACGCGGGUGGCCUUCCUCCUCCUGGACAAUCCCGCCUACCACAGCCGGGUCCUCCGCCUGCAAGCUGCUAUCAAGUACAGUGARGGUGACCUGCCAGGGGCCAGGAGCCUGGUGGAGCAGCUGCUGAGUGGGGAAGGGGGAGAAGAGAGUGGAAGUGAGAAUGAGCUUGAUGGUCAGGUCAACCUGGGUUGUUUGCUGUACAAGGAGGGACACUAUGAAGCUGCCUGUGCCAAGUUCUUUGCRGCCCUGCAGGCUUCAGGCUACCAGCCUGACCUUUCCUACAACYUGGCACUGGCCUAUUACAGUAACAGGCACUAUGCCCCAGCUCUGAAGCACAUUGCUGACAUUAUUGAGCGUGGUAUCCGUCAGCACCCAGAGCUUGGUGUGGGCAUGACCACGGAGGGCAUUGAUGUUCGCAGUGUUGGCAACACUUUAGUCCUCCACCAGACUGCUCUGGUGGAAGCCUUCAACCUCAARGCAGCCAUAGAAUACCAGCUGAGAAACUAUGAGGCAGCCCAGGAAGCUCUCACUGAUAUGCCACCUAGGGCAGAGGAAGAAUUGGACCCUGUGACCCUGCACAACCAGGCACUCAUGAAUAUGGAUGCCAAGCCUACAGAAGGAUUUGAGAAGCUACAGUUUCUACUCCAACAGAACCCCUUCCCCCCAGAGACUUUUGGCAAUCUUUUGCUGCUCUACUGUAAAUAUGAAUAUUUUGACCUGGCAGCAGAUGUCCUGGCAGAAAAUGCCCAUUUGACUUAUAAAUUCCUCACACCCUAUCUCUAUGACUUCUUGGAUGCCCUGAUCACUUGCCAGACAGCUCCUGAAGAAGCUUUCAUUAAGCUUGAUGGCCUAGCAGGGAUGCUGACUGAGCAGCUACGUAAACUUACCAUACAAGUACAGGAAGCAAGACACAAUAGAGAUGAAGAAGCUGUCAAAAAGGCAGUGAAUGAAUAUGAUGACACUCUUGAAAAAUAUAUUCCUGUAUUGAUGGCCCAGGCAAAGAUCUACUGGAAUCUUGAAAAUUAUUYGAUGGUAGAAAAGAUUUUCCGCAAAUCUGUGGAAUUCUGUAAUGACCAUGAUGUGUGGAAGUUGAAUGUGGCCCAUGUUCUCUUCAUGCAGGAGAACAAAUACAAAGAAGCCAUUGGUUUCUAUGAACCCAUUGUCAAGAAGCACUAUGAUAAYAUCCUGAAUGUCAGUGCUAUUGUAUUAGCUAACCUCUGUGUUUCCUAUAUUAUGACAAGUCAAAAUGAAGAAGCAGAGGAGCUGAUGAGGAAGAUUGAAAAGGAGGAAGAGCAGCUGUCCUAUGAUGACCCCGACAGGAAAAUCUACCAUCUCUGCAUUGUGAAUUUGGUGAUAGGAACACUUUAUUGUGCCAAAGGAAAUUAUGACUUUGGUAUCUCUCGAGUUAUCAAAAGCUUGGAACCAUACAAUAAAAAGCUAGGAACUGAUACCUGGUAUUAUGCCAAAAGAUGCUUCCUGUCCUUGUUGGAAAACAUGUCAAAGCACAUGAUAGUGCUUCGAGACAAUGUUAUUCAAGAAUGUGUGCAGUUUCUAGAACACUGUGAACUUUAUGGCAGAAACAUACCUGCUGUUAUAGAACAACCUUUGGAAGAAGAAAGAAUUCAUAUUGGAAAGAACACAGUCACAUAUGAGUCCAGACAGUUAAGAGCUUUGAUUUAUGAGAUUAUAGGAUGGAAUAUAUAGUUAUAGAUGAUGACUUCUGUUGGAAUAGCUUUGUUAUAUACAUUUUGUACUAUUUUUCUAUAUUUAGACUUUGGCAUUUAUAUUUGUUACAUGUUGCACUUUGUACACUUUAGUAUUAUAAAAAAUAUUAGAUGAACUUUCAUUUUUAAAUUCCCCACAGAAUGAAAUAUCUUAAGAACUGUUUUCCCAGAAAGAAUUGUUAAAAGUUAAAAACUGAUAUGGGAUGUUAUGUCUUUUAGAACUU